AUGGAUGCCGUAGCGGCAUCGAUUGAGGAAUCCUUCUUGAGUGAGCUUCGUCCGAAAGAUAUUCUCACAAAUACUACUGUUAUAUCUAUCGCUAAAGUGCUCAGUGAUCGAAUCCGUAAUGUGUCAGAUCAUGUUAUCACGUGGGUUCCACAUUUUCAAUGUCCAGUGCCAUGUGAAUACCGCUACAACAAUUAUAGGAACCUGUUUAUUGCUUCUAUGAUCUUGAAUGUGUGCCUUGUUCUGGCCGUCAUACCUUUUAUGGUGCGCUUGAUUCGUCAUGAGAGUGAGUGGGGUAGUGAAUCAAGGUUAAUAUCUACUUAA